AUGAACCCUCCAGGAGAGAAAACCAUUUUCCAAGAGUUUCUGACAAACCAGGGCACUGUGGUAAAGCCCUGCUGGUGGCAGAGACAGUGCCCUGCCUGUGCCAAGUGUCCCUUCCACAUCCGGACGGGGGAAGAAGCCAGAGUGCCACUCACAGAAUUCCACGGGCUCUUUGGCUCCCCACACAGGCCCGCAGCGACUCCUCAAAACAGGCACCUUCUCUUCUACGAGCUGAGGAGCUUCUCAGGCAGAGUCCUGCAGAAAGGCCACGCCACAAACUGCACUGCCCGAGCCCAGCACCCCGAGGCUGUGCUGUUCCAGGCGGGCGGGUACCUGGACGCAGCCACAGCCGCCUGUGAAAGCAUCAGGUGCGUCGCCCUCUACUCGAAUCUCUCCCCCUGUGACUGCUGCUUGAGGAAAAUGUACAGCUUCCUGCUGAGACACCCACGCGUCACGCUCCGCAUCUAUUUCUCCCGGCUCUAUCGCGCCGGGAAUGGCUCUCCCGGUGCCGUGGGGGAUGCCAGGGCUCUGCGGAGCCUCUGCAGCCUCUGGCCUCGGGUGACCCUGCAGAGGCUGCCAGAGGGGGCACGGCAGUACCUGCUCUGCCACUUCGUGUGUGGCAUCACAGGGGCAAUCCCUCCUCACCCAGCGCUGCCGUCAGGAGCCUCAGCAGGUCGGCAGAACCCACGUCAAAUUAACUUAACGGGAGUGAAAACGUAUUUUAGGGAAGCCUUUCCCCGGGGAAUGGAAGGGAACCCGGCUGUGAGGCAGAAUUUAAAGGUCUUCCCUUCUCCCAGCCCGGCCUCCCGACAGCCUUUCCCAGCCGUGAAAGGCACUCUGCCCCCUCCAAUGUCUCCGAGCCGUGUGCUUUCUCCAGGCGUGUUUCUGCCCUCUCAGAGGGAACAGCUACACCUCAGACCCAUAAAUAUUGUAAGGCAUUUAAAAAUGCCAAAGGAAUGA